GAUGCAUUUCGGAGUGAACCCAAGCUCGCUUCCGUUCCUCACGUCAUUUCGACCGUUUGCUGUCUUUUUUUCCACUACUACCACGGACCUGAAUUUGUGACUCAACAUCAUGACACUUUUUCACUUUGGAAACUGCUUUGCUCUGGCUUAUUUCCCGUACUUUAUAACAUACAAGUGCAGCGGCCUCUCUGAGUAUAAUGCCUUCUGGAGAUGCGUCCAAGCUGGAGCAACGUAUUUGUUUGUUCAACUCUGUAAGAUGCUUUUCCUUGCAACAUUUUUCCCCACAUGGGAAGGAGGAGCAGGUGUUUAUGACUUUGUAGGGGAAUUUAUGAAAGCUACGGUGGACCUGGCCGACCUGCUGGGUCUCCAUCUAGUGAUGUCUCGUAAUGCUGGUAAAGGAGAGUACAAGAUCAUGGUGGCUGCCAUGGGCUGGGCAACGGCAGAGCUCAUCAUGUCCAGGUGUCUUCCUCUGUGGGUUGGAGCCAGAGGGAUCGAGUUUGACUGGAAGUACAUCCAAAUGAGCUUCGACUCCAACAUAAGUCUGGUCCAUUACAUCACGAUGGCUGCAGCAGUGUGGAUGUUCACUCGUUACGACCUCCCUAAGAGCUUCAGGCUCCCUGUUACUGUGUUGGUGGCUCUGUGCGUCUACAAGUCCUUCUUAAUGGAGUUGUUUGUCCACGUCUUCCUGCUGGGCAGUUGGACGGUGCUGCUGGUGAAAGCGGUGCUGACCGGAGCAAUCUCUCUCUCCACACUCUUCCUCUUCGUUACUUUGGUUCACAGCAACUAAGUAAAAGUCCUCACCUAGGAUAAGGCCUCGGCAGUCUCAGUUCAAGCUAGAUGGGGCUCGUCACAAAUGACAAACUGACCUCUGAUAUCGCUCUUUGUAAGAACACACCACCUCAAAGAUGGCUGAAAUACUAUUUAUGGUAAUUGGAAAGUCAGCUAAUCCGACCGCUACAGUCCAGAGACGAGCACACCCUUUGAUCGGUGCAUGUGGAGCUGUGACAGCACACAUGUUUAUCCCCAGUCCAUCUGUUGAAGGUGCAAAGAGAGCAGUGAUGUCAGAAGACUUCUGUGGUGUGAUUGACUUAACUAAGCUGUGUUGGUUUCAUGGAAAUGUGAAUUUUUGUAUCGGAGCAACUGCAAACUAAUUUACACAUAACUGUAUAUUUCUUUUCUUUUGAUAAACUGGCAUAAAUAAAUAGAUCCACGAACAUAAGUCAGGUAAUAUUUAGAAAAUAUGACAGAUGCAUUUCUUUGCCAGUUAAGUAUGUGGCCACAAAUGUAUCAAUUUAUUUAUAUUCCCAAAAAAUUAACGAGUAGUUAUUUCUCUAUCAAGUGAAAAUAGUCGUGGAUUUGAAUUAGUUUAUAUAGUAUGAAAUAACUAAAGUCUUUUUUUGUAUUAAACCACAUUAUGUUGACUUUUGUGGUUACUGCCUAAAUAAAUGUCUUUAAACUA